AUGGGCUUCGACUGGCCAAACCGGAUGUGUGUCGCCGCAGGGCUGGAGCCGGACCUUGGGGACUUCGCUCCCACGGGCCCCACGGAGGCGGCCGGCGGCCGGCGGCCGGCCGGGGCGCUGGAGGAGAAGCUGAAGGGCCUGGGGCCCCAAGCCUCCCGCGAGGCGAUCCUGGAGGACAUGGCCGCCGGCACUGCGUGGCUCCUGUGUUUUUUCUCCGCAGCCAGCGUGACAAAGCUCGCAAGUAGUUCAACGCCUCGCCUGAACAUGGAGUCGCUGUCCAACCUCUCGCAGAAGAAGCAGAUCCAGCUGGAGAGUGCCAAGGCCCAGCCCAUCCAAAUCACCCGCGAGGUGCGGCGGCUCAAGGUGGCCUGCGUCUCGGUCCCGGAAGCAGGGCAUCUGGUGCCCACCGUGGAGGUGGCGAAGGCCUUGGCGCAGCGGGGCCACGAGACAGUGCUGUUGACGCUGGACAGCGCGGCGCCUAAGUUCGCCAAGAGCUGUGAGGCGGCGGGCUGCCGCUUCGUGGGCCUCGCGCCGGAGUUGCCGGGCUCGGAUGCGGGCCACGGGCCGGUGGCGGAGCUGAUGUCCCGAGGCCUGGUGUCCACGGCCAUGGCCCACGUGAGCGCCGCCAUGCGCCCAGAGCUGCUCGCUUGGCUCAAGGCCGAGCGCCCGGAUGUGGUGCUGGCAGACUUCACCACCCACGUGGCCGUACAGGUGGCGGAGGAGCUGGGCAUCCCGACGCUCCUGAAUGUGCCAGGACCCUUGGGGAUCUUCAAGUAUCUGGACAUGCUCUUUGCGCUGCCCUUCUGCUUCAAAAUCUUCCUUACCCGCCGCAACUUCCAGGAGACCCGGCUCGUAUACCGCAUGUUCACACGGCUUGUGCCGAUGCUCAAGACCCACGUGUGCCUCGUGAACAGCUUCUUCGGGCUAGACCUGGCCUACGAUCUGCCGCCACACGUGGUCGUCACCGGGUCCACGGCUGCACGCCCCUCCAGCACGCGACGCACGGAGACCUCCGACUCACGGCUCAACGCCUGGCUCACGGAGAUGAAGCAACGACAGCUGCGCUUGGUCUACGUGACCACGGGCAGCGUGCAGGUGCUGGAGCCCCUUCAGGUGAAGGCGCUCUAUGAGGGCCUCCGGGCGCUGAAGAACGUGGCGGUUUGCUGGUCCCUCAAAGAGGAGCAGCAGCAGCAAUUGGGAGGCCUGGAGAGUCUGCCCGCGCACUUCUUCAUGGCCAAGUGGCUGCCCCAGGGCGAGGCGAUGCAGCUGCCUGAGGUUGCGGUGGUUGUGACGCACUGCGGCUUUGGGGGGCUCAAUGAGACCAUCGCCGCCGGGAAGCCGAUGGUGGCGCUGCCCUUCCGCGCCGACCAGCCGAAGAACGCGGAGCUCGCCAAGGCCCGCGGCAUGGCCGAGGUGCUGCAGCCCAGGAAACUGGCAGCGGCGGCUGUCACCUCCACAGUGACCAAGGUCUUGGAGGACCCGCGGUACCAGCAGCGCGCCUCGGAGCUGCAGCGGCAGCUGCUGAAGACCAAGGGCGCCGAGGCGUGCGUAGAAGCCAUCGAGCGCUUCGCGGAGAACGAGGGGUGCGAAGAGCUCUUCCUGAGGCCGACGAAGUCUUGGACGCGGUCCUUGCUGGGCCUGGUCCCUUCAGUGGGCCUGGUUCUGCUGGGCGCCGCACUCGCGCUGAGAAGGCGCUGA